UUGUUGUAUGGGGAUAAUUACCUCAUUUCGGCACCGUUUAAAAGCCUUGACGCUGUUUAAUUACCCUUCUUGUGUAUAUUUGCCCUCAAAACCUGUUCCAGUAUUCUUUUGGUAGUCUCUUGGGACACAACGUUACGCUAGAUCUCCUGGAAUGUAGUGUUCAGCUGGUUAAUCUUUAAAAUCGUUUCACUCGCGAGUCGUGUUCCUUCGUCACGAUAGUGACCUCACGGUAACAUAAUCGCAUCACUGCAUCACAGCAUGAGCUAAGAUCGUCUGAAGUAUUUCACGGAUUUCUCAGAAGUUACGUGAUCGAGUAGUUAGAUCAAUCGACUACUAGAGCGGCGGUAUUCAAAACAACCUUGUAACGAAGCUGCUUAGGUUUUCCGGCGCAGUAUUUACAAGCGACUUUGAGGCCUGUUUCAUAGGUGAAGGGACGCGAAGAGCGUGGGUGAUAAAUCGAAGGGGAAAAACGAGGAGACAUGUCUUUUAAAUUCAAUAAAAAGGCCGUGGUAACUGGCGUGAGCUCAGUAGAAGCAGACAAGUUCUUAGUGUACGCCCAAACAGUGAAGAAAGUCUCAUCAGAAAAUAGCUGUGCGCUGGACAGGAAUAUUUUUUGUGUCGACGUUGGGGCGGCGGCAUUAAAAAAACAAUCGAAAAAGGAACGAAAAUGGUUAGAAGAGGAAUUGGAAAAUGCUAAAAUAACUGCUGGGGUCAUUAUAACGGUGAACGGAAAAGAGAGAUACGUCAAGACAGAGGUGGAGAAUAUAGAUCACCUGAGACUACUCUGUUCUCAAGCUUUCCAGCUAUUCUGUCCAGCUUUUGGGUCAGUUUCAGACAACGAGAUCUUCAACACAUCAUAUCCAACGGCCUCAAUUGACCAGGCGCGCCGUCUGGUGUGUGCAGAACAGCCGGUACCCAAUUUACGCUGGGUGCAGUGUAAAAACGUUUCAUUAACUUAUAAUCAAACCAAGGGUAUUAAAGAAGCCACCCUUUUGGCUGUUGACAUCGUCCAUAUGGAGCGCGCCGGAAAACUGGUCUCAACUUCGGUUCAACAAACUGUCACCGCUAAGCUUAACUGCAAAACGUUCUUAUCAAAAGUGGACCCUAAAAGUCCCGGCCCCUUUAGUUUUAGCCCCGCUCUUGCCUUGGUAAAGAUGGUGGACGAGGAUGUACCCGCCCCACAACCCCGAUCGUGGGCAGAGAUUGAAACUCUUCUCAUCCAUUAACUAACUGACUUUUUGUUUAAGGGGGGAGGGGGAAAGGCGCACCUGUUGACGUGAAUAAGAAAAAUGGCACAAAAAUUGGUGCAGUUUCAUUAUAAAUAUCUUAAAUUUUGUGAAAACGGCGUCCUUCCAAAAUUCCAAAUUCCAAGUAUUUUGUGCAUUUUGACCUAAUUUCUUUGAUUUACCAUCUCAAUCUCAAAAUGUAUCUCACUUUUCCGGUAUAUUGAACGUAAUUCAUUUUAUACUUGGUGAACAUUUUUAAAACAAUGGAGGAAAAGUGUGAUUAACUAAUCAAAUAAAGUGACAUAACUUAAAUUUUGACCCAAAUGUCCCUUUGUUCAAAGGGGAUUCCCACCAACAUACCAGAUUCAUUUACGCCGGUGAACCGCUGAGAAAACACGUACAGUGUUCACUUGAUGAGUCAAGAAGGCUUGCACACACAAAUGUAAAUACCUCUUACUAACCGAGUUUGAGGUCCGUUUUGUAAGUUAAGGACCGAUUUUUUUUCCGGUCUAAUUUAUCCCUCAAGAGCGGUGUCGCUUAAUGCAGGUUCGAAUGUAAGUUUGGGAAAUUUUGAACGUCGCUGUCUGUAAGCGAUACGAAUUUUUCCGUGUUUUUUUAGCGGCCAUAAUCCCAGAAAAUUCGACAAACGAAAGCUUUCAACCUGACCGAAUGGCGCGAAAGGCGAGUGACGUGUCAGCAGCUGAUUGGCGAUACCA